AUGGAGACAGAACUUAGGAGCAGAGCAGAACUUGCUCUACCGAGCCCAGAAGGGCCCUCCAGUGUGUCUGAAGUUGAACUCUCAGAAGUCUCCCUUCGUGGUAAAACUCCACUGCAGAAGUCUACUUCCCGCCCACCACGACAGACAUGGUUAACAUUUUUGAAGAAAGAGCUGGAAUUCCUGGGGGUAAUGCAAAUUCUGAUUGGUUUCAUAUGCCUUUAUUUUGGAACAGCGAUCUACUUUGCCUUUGACAUUUCAGAAUUUGAAGGAGAUGUGUUUUCAUCAUUUAAAACAGGCUACCCAUUUUGGGGAGCAUUGUUUUUUGCUGUUUCUGGAUUUUUGUCAAUUCUAUCUGAAGAGAAAAAUAAAAUAUAUCUGGCAAGAGGAAGAUUGGGAGCAAACGCUGUGAGCAUUAUCAUUGCGGGGACAGGGAUCAUCAUCCUCAUCUUCAACCUAAAGAGGAGCUCAGCCUUCAGUGAAUAUUGUGAGAACGUUUACGAAGUUGAGAACUGCUUCGUGGCUUCUUUCUCCACAGAAAUUGUGGCAAUGAUGCUGUUUCUCACCAUUUUGGGGUUUUGCAGUGCUGUGGCACUCAUAAUGCAUGGUGUUGGAGAAGAACUCAAGAGAAAAAAGGUUCCAGAUGAACGUCUUUAUGAAGAAUUAAACAUUUAUUCACCGAUUUACAGUGAGUUGGAAGUCAAAGAGGAAAUAUCUACUCCCACUGAUUCAUAA